AUGCGUUGUGUUAGCACAGUGACCUACGCGGUUCUGGUUAAUGGCUCUCCCUGUGGUAAAAUUGUUCCUUCUAGAGGCCUUAGGCAGGGGGACCCCCUGUCCCCCUACCUCUUCCUCUUGGUGGUAGAGGGCCUUAGUGCAAUGUUAGUCAAGGCGGAGCACGACCGUCUGCUCACAGGAGUCCCGAUCUCAGUGAGGGGGGUGCACCUAACCCACCUUUUCUUCGCAGAUGACAGCCUGCUCUUUUGUAGGGCAAAUUCUGAUGAGUGGGGUAAUCUAAUGAAGGUGUUGGAGGCCUAUGAAGCAGCUUCGGGUCAGAAGAUCAAUAUAGAAAAAUCCUCCAUAUUUUUCAGCAGUAACACGGGUGCGGAAUUCAGAGCCUUAAUCUCUGCAGCUGGUUUCGCUCCCUCUUCCUGCUUUGAGAAGUAUCUGGGGCUCCCUAUCUUAGUGGGGCGGUCUAAGAUGAGAUCUUUUGAGGGGAUCCUAAGCCGGGUGCGUAAGAAAGUGGACGGUUGGAAGGAGAAAUUUCUGUCUCAGGCGGGGAAGGAAAUCCUGAUCAAAGCAGUAGUUCAGGCAAUUCCGAUGUAUAGUAUGAACAUUUUCCAAUUACCAAAAAAAUUAUGCUCCAACCUUAACUCCAUUAUGAGUCGGUUCUGGUGGGGGAGAUCAGAGGGGGUAAAAGGAUUGACCUGGAUGAGUUGGAGUCGUUUGGGGGUUCCUAAGGAGAAAGGGGGGAUGGGUUUUAGAGAUUUGGAGAUCUUUAAUCGGGCCUUGCUUGCCAAGCAAGGUUGGAGAUUGUUUAAAUUCCCUGAGUCUCUGGUUGCUAGAGUGAUGAAAGCCAAAUAUUACCCGAACGGGGACCUUUUCUCAGCUCAUCUAGGGAGUCGGCCUUCCUUCGCGUGGAGAAGCAUUUUCCAAGCUAGAAGGAUUGUGGAAGAUGGGUUACUUUGGAGGAUUGGAGAUGGGGAAACGGUGAGGAUUUGGAAGGAUAAGUGGCUCUCGACCCCCUUAACCUCUCCAACCCCUUCCUCUCAUCAUAGGUUGGAUGCUAAUGCUAAGGUGAGCAACCUCAUUGACAGGACCUCUGGUUGGUGGAAUAUUCAGCUUCUUCAAGGCACUUUCAGGGAGGAUGAAAUCGCCCGGAUCUGCCGUAUUUGCCCGAGUCCGUUCCUAGCUCCGGAUACUCCGAUCUGGCAGGGUACUACUAAUGGUCAGUUCUCGGUUAAAAGUGCCUAUCUAUUGGAGCAGAGUCGGAAUAAUCAAUCCAGGGGAGAGAGCUCGGGCGCGGGCGAGGAGGUUAAAUUUUGGCAAAAGUUGUGGAGAGUGGAAGCUCCGGGGGUGAUCAAAAACUUUCUGUGGAGAAUGGGAAACAACCUCCUCCCAACAAAACUGAACCUUUUCAACAAGAAGGUAGUUCCUGUUCCGACUUGUCCCAUCUGUGCCCAAGAUCCGGAAGAAGCUAUUCACAUCCUAUGGAAGUGCAAAUCAGCAAUGGCAGUUUGGCAAGAAUGUGGUAAGAAAAUUCAAAAGAUGACGGUCGAGCAAGUGGAUGGUAAGGGUCUGAUCCAAUUUUUGAUGGGUAAACUGGAUGGGGAGGAGUUGCUUCUAGCUUUGGUGGUGCUCCGGCUGAUUUGGUUGAGAAGGAACGCCUUUGUGUUUGAGAAGGCGUUCUCCCCCCCUGAGAGGAUUGUCUUUGAUGCCCAUAGAAUGGUGAGGGAGUUCUCCUCUGCUAUCUCCUUAGCUAACAGAACAGGUAUCGGGGUGCUUUCCAGGAAUGACAGAAGUGAGUUUGUAGCUGCUCAAACUAAGUUUUUUCCCUCCCUGCUGAACCCUGCUCAGGCUUCAGCUUUAGGGGCAUGGUUGGCGGCUAAGAUGGGUGGGGAGUUGGGUGCAUCCUACGUGCACCUGGAAGGUGAUAGGAGGGAGGUGAUAAAUGCUUUGACGAGGGGUGGGUCAAGUGAUAGCAGCUUUGGACAUUUGAUUGAGGAUGCCAACCUUAGGAUCCAAAGUCUGUCUAAAGUUGAUAUUCACUUUGUUAGUAAACAAACAAAUGACGCUGCUGUUAGCUUGGCUAAUUUGGCUUGUUCACAGUUUUUAGAAGGUCUUUGGGUGGGGGUUUGUCCUCCCCUGAUUUGGAAUGUAUUAUCAAAAAGGGUUUCCCCUGUAGUUGAAUGCUGA